AUGGGAGCAGCGGGGGGAGGGCUCCGGGAGGCGCGGGGCGGGCUCCGGGCUGCGCGCUCGCCCGGGGAGCUGAAGCACCUUUGCCGCCUUCCAAUCAAAUGGGAGCCCGAGGUGAUUGGAGGGUCAAGGGGAUGUGACGCGUCCCGCGCCGCCGCCGCCGCCGCCGCAGCCAGGACUCUCAGCGCUGGUUUUAAUGGGCAGCUCCUUCUUCACCGCCCCCCUCCCGCGUGUCCCCUCCCUCGAUUUCGCUCCGAGGACGAGGAGGGUGCGUAUGAGAAACAGAUUGAGGGGGUGACCAGAAGGAGCAACGGCGGAAGUCUGGACAACGGCCGGACUAUCAACUCCAGGGGCGCACAGGGGACCCACACACCAAAUAUUCUUUCUCGCUCAGUAAUUGAAAUCUCUCGAGGCGCGGCCGCAAGGAAUCGACGGGAUUUCUCUGCGGUUUGCUCUGUCUGUAUCCGAAUAAAUUCAGCUCUCAGGCAUCCGGCAGGAAACAGCUCCCGGUUCGAGUGUACGAAGACGCAUCGGCCCAGCACGGGAUGGGAGGUGGCUGCUGGUGAUCCUGAGGCUUGUAGGUCCGGCCUCCGAAGGAGGCUGGACUAUCAGCGCCCUCAGGCCGGGAGCGGCUCCUUGCUGCCCCACAGUGCCCGGCAGCCCCCACCUCUGGUGGUGCUUCGGAAGCCCGCCGGGCCGAGUACGCCCGGGGCGAAAACUGAAAGCAAAUUCCGCGGCAAAUGAAGCCCGAACUUUCUUCGACGCAACUUUGCCACAACGAUUCGGUGGCGACUUAGGACGGAGCGCUGGUGUGUGCGCGCGCAAGGUGGGGGCGGUGGGCGAAGAAGGCUUGGGGCGGCUGAUCCUGGCCCUAGGCAAAACGCUAGGGAAGGCGCCUCCCCUUCCUUAUUUCUCGCCAACUCCUCGGCCCCAGUCCGUAAAAAUAGUUUCUAAUGUGUAGCGGACUCCCAGGAUGUGUUUGUGGGGAUCGCACCAGGGAGAAGGAAGCGUUGUAAAAGUUGCAGAAAGAGCUUUGCCCAGAAGCGUCCGCCCGUCAGGGUUCAAGAAAGCUGGGGACCAGCUCGGCUUUCCCGGGGAGGAAUGCCUAGAAAUCGGCCUGGGGAGCCCCCAGCCCAGUCCUCUCCCCUAACCUCGAACCCGCGCGUAAAUAACCUCCCGCAGUCUGCGCUGGAAACUCACAAGCGCAGCGCAGCGGUUGGCUGGCGAGGCCCGGACGCUGAGCCCGCCCGCAAGGCCGCUCCUUGGCGCGCUCAGCCCGUCCUAAGAGAGGCUUGAACCGAGGUGAGAGGAAGAGUUUGGUUUCAGCUCCUGCUCGGCUGCCUAGACCAUCACCGCCGACCUCCCAACUCCCUGGAGCGGGCGCUUCCCCCCUGGGAGCGGCAGUCUUGGGGGGCUGGUCAGGGCGCAAAGUGCGCGCCCGGGCCAGCGCGGGGGUGGGGGGAGGCUGCCGGUCUCUCCGCGGGGCCUGUCGCCGGGCCGGCCGCGGCGGGUGAGUGAUGAGGGCAGAGAAGGGCGCCCAUAAAUCGCGGGUGUCAGGGCGAAAAACUCUCUUUAUUGUCUGCGUGAUGGAUGGGCCCGGGGACGAGACACCAAAUACUUCGUAUCGCCUUUAAAUGGGAACACAUUUUGCGCGGCCAUAAUUCAUGUUUUUUAAAUAGAAAGUUUGAAAUGUUGCCUAUAUUUCACCAGCCCUGACAUAUUUAUGAAUCGCUCCCUGCAUGCAAAUAUCAUUAUUUAAAGCGCCGAAGAGAGCUCGGGGGGAGGGGAGGAGGCACGGCCCCCGUGGCGUGGGGGUGGUGAACCGGGGAAAUGCGGAUGAAGGGGGUGGUGCAUCUCCCUAAAGUGUGGACAACGAGGCGCGGGGGAAAGCCUUAUCGGGAAGCCGAGCGCUCCAGGGGCUCCACUCCCGCCGCUGGACCGAGCACUGCCGCUCCGGGAAGUUUGAGCGGCUUGGGACCGAGGACAGGCCUCCCCCCCGCCCGUCCCCUGCGGGGAGAUACGGGGGCUUUUGCGUCCCUCUCCGAGGCCCUGAUCCGAGCCAAAGCCACCUUUUCCAAGAAGAAAAUGGGUUUUUUUAAAAAAUAAAAGAAUUUAACAAACGCAA